AUGGCCGCUGCUACCAGCGCCGGCGCGGCAGGGCCGACACCGACCCUCUAUGAGCAGAUGUCCAUACAAUUCAAGGCGCCCGAAUUCACCCAGUACUAUGGGCCCCUGACCGAGCGCACCGUUCUCGACUACUUUGCGCAGUCGCCUUUCUACGACAAGACGUGCACGAACCAGAUGCUGCGCAUGCAGAACAUCGCCAGCUUUAACACGCUCGUCGGGCGCUGGACAGCCAAAGAGGAGGAGGAGCAACUAAGGAAGUUUACCGGGACAGAGUACGUCGUCGCAAUCGCCAUGCCGCCAUCACUGUUUAUCAUACAGCGGAGGGAGCGCACAAGUGACGUCGAGACGGAGGACACGGCGACGUACUAUAUCAUCAACGAUGCGGUCAUGCAAGGGCCAGAUCUAUACACCGUGCUUGGUAACCGCAUGACAAUGGCUUUCAAUGCAAUCAGCAACUCUCUAGCUAUGGCCAGAGAAGCACAGCCACCCCUCGACCUGCGCUCAUCGACGUCUGGCGGCAGAGCCUGGAAGGUGUAUCAAGAGGCCGAGGAGGAGGAGGAUGAGGAAGGCACUGCGACUGCGUCAAACGCAGAAGUUGCUCUGGUGGAUGGCCCGGCAGCUACAAUGUCAGCUGCUGCGGACGGCAACGAUGCGAUCGGCAAUGAUGACCUCACAGGAGAAACGCCUCUAAACACGGCGAGGGUUGCUGGAUCCGAUGCGUCGCUCAAGCGCGGCAGCACGGAGAGAGAUAAUUCAAUCCGCAAUGGGAUGGACAAGCGCGUUCGCGUCGCAAACUAA